AUGGGCAAGCUUAGCAUGCCAUGGAUAUGGAGCAUUUGUAUUGCCGGCCUUUUGCCACUGGUUGGAGCUUUGCCUGUCGUCCAGACUCCACUGGGGACAGCUGAGGGCAUCUUUGCAGCUGAGGGUGUUGAACGCUAUGGUGGCAUUCCUUAUGCCCAGCCACCGUUGGGGAAUCGGCGGUUUGCAGUAGCACAGCUUUAUGACACUCCGUGGCCAGCUGGCCAUCUUGAUGCCCGGAGGACUGGAGCACCUUGCAUCAACAACCCUUUGGGCGACCCACGGUCCAUGCCAUUAGAUGCCGAUCAUUCACCACCACCCAGUGAAGACUGCUUACAUUUGAACAUUUGGAGACCCGCUUCCAAAACAGCCGAAGCUCACCCUGUCAUGGUCUACAACUUCGGUGGUGGGCUCUGCAGUGGAUAUGCAGGCAACCCUUACUUUAACGGUUCCAAGUUUGCCAUCGAACACGGGGUCAUUGUUGUCACAGUCUCAUACCGCCUUGGGGCGCUUGGCUUCUUGGUCUCAGAGAGCUUUGACGGGCCUGGCAAUGGUGGGAUGAAUGGUAUCCGCGACAUUGCCACUGCCUUAAGAUGGAUUCAGAGGUUCAUUCCCUACUUUAAGGGUGAUCCCAAUCGUGUCACUGUGUUUGGCCAAAGCUCUGGAGCUUACGCCACCUGCACAUUGACCGUGGCCCCAGAAGCGAAGGGCCUUUUUCGUCGGGCUAUUUUGCAGUCAGGGCCUUGCUUUGGUGGACCUCCAAACAGAGGCUGGGGCCCUCGAAAUGUGAGCUAUGGCCUCCACGUGGCCAAGGAGGUCAUGGCAGCAGCAAACGUCUCGAGCCUGGCGGAGCUGCGAGAAGUGCCAGCUGAAAAGGUGCAAUGGCCGGCGUAUACAAUGAAUGACCCAGCUGUGGCUCCGUAUUUCUCUGGUUACUUUGAGGAUCCGGGCUUUCUUCCAGCGUCAGCUGACAAGCUCUGGGCUGAAGGGAAGGUCAAUCCAGAAGCAAUCAUGGUAGGCUUCAAUUCCAAAGAUGGAACGGCAGCAUUCUACGGUGUCGCGCCAACGAUGGGGUAUGUGCCACCCGAUGAGAAUCAGACAGGAGCCAAUGACUACGAGAAGGCCAUCCGAAAGGUUUGGGGCACCAAUGCAGAUGCCGUGCUGCAGCAGUACCCGCUGUCUCGAUUUGACGGUAGUCCACAAAAGGCUUUCCUUCAGGCAGAUGCUGACAGUAUGGUCAUUUGUCCUAGCUAUCAGCUCCUCCGGUAUGCACAGGCCAUGGAUGUCCCAAGCUGGGCCUUCGAGUUUGCGCAUUUCAUUCCCUCAGCUCGCCCGGAUGGCUUUGGAUGCUCCAAUGGCCCCGAGCUCGACGUAGCACCGCCUCGCCGCGGAGCUUACACGAAACUUUUUGCAAUUCAUGGGGAUGACGUAAAGUUUGUGUUCGGGAAUGAGGAAGAUUUGCGGGAGCCGUGGGAGCUGUGGACGGAGGUUCUUCUAUUGCGAGUUCUGGAGUCUCUUUCUGAACACGGUGCGCAUCGCAAAUGA